ACAAUAAGAAAGUAAGGGCGCGCGCUGGCCACAAUUAAGUUACAUUGGCAGAAAGAACAGCAUUUAAUGAUGAAGCUUUGAGCGCGACGGUUUAAGAGCUACUUCUACGCGAGUUUUCAUGCUGGUUGUUUGGCAUUAAUGAAAGCCAGAUUUUUCUGCAAAUGCUGUUGCAGUUUUUAACGCAGCUUACAAUUUUUACAAAUCGACGCAAUUUCCUCAUAAAGAAAUGCAGUUAAAGUGAUAUCUGAGUGGCAAAAGAGCAAACAAAAGUCACGCGUGUGUAUGUGUGAAUGUGUUAGUGUGUUUUGAAGGCAAAACGAAUACGAAUAUGAAGCAAAGUCAACACGAAACAAAGUGCAAAAGGCAUUAAACAAAAUUAGCACUUCUUAAGUUGAGAAAACAAAUGCAUAAAACGAGUCAUUUUUCGAUUGUACAAAUGAGAGUAAGCUACGAUUAAAGGCAUUUAAAAUGCGCUAAAAAGUGAAAAAUUAAAACCAAAAUUCAACGUGAACGCAACAGCUACUUAGUAAAAUCACACACAAACAAACAAACAAACACACAUACGCACAAACUGCGACAGUAGUUGUGUGUCUCUUCACAGUUUUCGGUUUGUUUGGGUUUUGUUUUUCUUUUGUCACACGCGCCAUUUCGUUUAUGUUAUUGUUGGAGUGUCUGGCUCGCGUGCGUUGGGCAAGGACGACAACGACGCCGUUUCUGGAACUGGAGCAAGUCAUUUGACAGCUUAACUGACGCCAACAGCAAAUCACAAGUAGAAGAAGAGCAACAGAAACAGCAGCUGCUAAACAAUGGAUACAUUUCGCAAGUGGCUCAACAAACCAAAGGCUGAUGACAAGUCGCUGCUGGCGCGCUUUUACCAUGCGGAUCGCUCGCUAACCGCAGUGGCCAGCGAGUUGGAUAGCUUCGAUGGACGCGCCGAGCCGGAUCGCUGCACACGUUUGGUUAGUCGCCUGCGCCAGAAUCAGGAUAAAGUGCUGGCCAUUACCAAUUUGAUAAUGGAGGAGCUGCUGGGCGAGGAGCGCGAUCCGCGCGCCUUUCGUGCCAAAUUUCCCGAGGAAGUGCUGCAGGAGAAUCUAGCGGGGCAGCUUUGGUUUGGCGCCGAGUGUCUGGCCGCUGGCUCGUCCAUAUUGAAUCGUGAAACCGAAAGCAAAGAGAUGCGUCCACUUGCACAGGCAGUGACCAAAAGUCUCGGCAAUGUGCGCGUUCUGCUGCGCGAUCAAUGCCUGCGCAACAAUGUGCCCAAUAGCAAGACCUUGCUGCUGGACUUUAACGACUCCAACACCGAGCAGCUGUACGAGAGCUUGAAGAUCUUCGAUCAUCUGUUUGCCGAGUUCGAGCUGAGCUAUGUGAGCGCCAUGGUGCAGGUGAAGUCGCAACAUGAGUACGAAAUGCAGCAAUGGAUUGGUGUGCUCUUCUCCGAGACGCUGCAGCGUGCGCUCAAGAUUGGUCUGCUCGAUCAGGAUAUGGUGGAUGCCUUCGAUCCGGGCCUAAUGUUCUCAAUACCGCGCUUGGCCAUUGUCGCCGGCCUGGUGAUCUAUGCCAAGGGGCCGCUCAACAUGGAUAUGCCGGGCGAUGAGCUUUCAGAAAUGUUCCGUCCAUUUCGCACGAUACUGAUACGCAUCAGAGGAUUGCUGCGCAACCUCAGCAAGCAGGAGCUGUUGCAUCUGGAGAAGCUGCUCUGCACCAAUGAGGAUAUCAACAUAAAGAUGCCGUUGGGCACCAGCAGCAUUGAGGCGCCUAGUCCAGAGCAUAACAAUGGCGCCAGCAACAACAAUAACAAUAAUAAUAAUAACAGCAAUAGUGAUAGAACCAAUACGCACAAGCUUGUCGAGCGUUUAGUGGAUCAGCGCAACAACAACAACAAUAGUAACAAUAGCAAUGCCCAAGAAAGAGCGCGCUCUCCGUCCGUGCUGUCGUCAUCGAGCAACAGCACACCCACAGCCUCGCCAGCGCCCUCGCCCACGCCCUCACAUUCCGUUGCCUCCACCUCAUCGGCAGCCACAACGUCCACAAACGCACGCGCCAAUUGGAGCGACGAUGACGACGACGUCGACGACGACGAUGAUGAUGAGGAUGAUGAUGAUGUGGAGAGGCAGCAGCCUGGCGCUGACAACGACAGCGACAGCGAUGUGGAUCUCGAUGAGCAACUCGGCGACUUUGAGGCACACUUGAAGCAGAUAAUGGCAGCGGCUGAGUGUGCCUCGGGCUUUCUAAUUCCAAACACAAACCUGGGCAAUCUGUUGCAGCCACAGCAGGUGCCACUCACCGACAAUUUUGUUGCCAGCGAGGAUGAGCAACAGCAGCAGCAGCCAGCACCAACGCAGCUGCCAACGGAGGAGGAAGUGCCCAGCACCAGCGCUGCCAUGCGAGCUGCUCGACGCACACUGCAGCGUCUGAGCAUGCCCAGCAGCAGCGGCAGCGACGACAACGACAACGAGCCCAGCAGCAUUUGUGAUGCCGACAACAAUCAUCAGGAAACGACGACAAUCAAAUCAGCUACAGAGCAUGCCGCACGCCAGCGGCACAGUCAUCGACAUCAUCAUCACCACCACCACCACCACCAUCACCAUCAUCAACGUCAACAGCAGCAGAAUAGUCAGCACCAGCAGCAUCAUCAUCACCAUCGUCAUCAUCAGGCGCAUCCGCAUCGUCUGAACCGCAGCACACGCAAGCGCUGCAGUCUCGAGCCCUGCGAGAGCUCAGCGGAGCCACAAACAGAUCACAGCUGCGCCAGUCCGGCGACCAGCACUGCGUCCUCGCUGUCUGAUGAUGCUUCGAUAGCCUUGCGCAACACCACAGAGCGUCUCAAGCUUAAAAACACUGAGAAUCUGCUGCAUCGUCUGUUUGUCGCCAUUGCUGGUGUGGCCGAUCAGCUGCAGACGAAUUUCGCCUCUGAUCUGCGCCAGAUAUUGCGCAGCGUGUUCCUCAUUAACAUGUCCUCGACACAAGAGGAUAUUGACAUACCAGAAAAGACAAAGGAUUCGGAGCUAUUCGAGUUUCGUGCCUCUGAAAAUGAUGUGAUACAGGAGAGCGCCGGCUCCAACCAAAGCAUUUACUCAGCCGAGGAGGUCAAUCCCGAGCUGGACAAUGUGUUCAACAACAGUGGCAAUGGCAAUGGCGGCGGCAUAACAACACGUCACUCAGCUGGCGCUGCCAUACAGCGCAACAAUACAACUGAAUUGGCCAACAGCAACAGCAGCACAGCUGUCGCCAGCAGAAAUCAUGUGGCGCGCAGUCGCAGCUUGGGCGACCAAGAGUCGGCAACAAGCAGCAAUUUGCAAACGGAGCAAGUGGAGCAGCAGCAGCAGCAGCAGGCGCAAAUUCAGUUGCAGCUGCAGCGUCAGCGUAACAAUUCCGUGGGCAGCAACUCACCAUCGAGUCACUCCUCGAGCAGCUCCGAGCACAACUCACCCAUAAGCACACGCAGCGGCAGUCAGCGGCGUCUGCAGGACAAUGACAGCGUCAAUUCCGCCACCACAUCCACCUUGGCGCCGCCGGCUUGGAUACCCGAUGGCAAAGCGCCACGUUGCAUGUGCUGCCAAACGCCGUUCACAGCGUUUCGGCGCCGUCAUCACUGCCGUAAUUGCGGCGGCGUCUUCUGCGGCGUCUGCUCCAAUGCCACUGCACCACUGCCCAAGUAUGGCCUCACCAAGGCGGUGCGUGUCUGUCGCGAUUGUUAUGUGCGCGAGGUGCGCCAAUCUCAGCUGCAGCAGCAGCAAUCAAGCAGCCAACAGCAGCAGCAGCAGCAACAGGCCAGUCGUCCACAGACCGCUAGCGUCUCUUAGGGCUGGCCCAUGGGCGCACUUUGGCGCACGAACUACAACCAAGACCAAGACCAAAAAAGCACCACCAGCCACCAAUUGGUGGUGCCAUUGUCAUUGUAUGGAAAAGCAAACUGUGAAUCGCAAUCGUUCUUCAAACUUGUUUUCUUUAUUUUUUAUGUCCUAACUAAAGCUUAAUAUAAACGAAUCCUAGACAAAAUGCACAGCUCCAAGUGCACAAUCUAUAUACACCAUAUAUAUACAUAUAUAUAUACUUUAUAUUUGACCUAUAUACCAUUUACGUAUAUUGAUUUUAGUUUAGUAAACCACUGACCAACUAAUUGUUGUCACAUUCUGUACAAUAAACAUUUUGAUCUAUGUAUUAUAUACUACGCCACACACUAUCCAUGUAACUAGACCAUUCGUAAACGUCGUGAAUAACUGUAAAUUUUAAGUGUUUAUUUCUGCUCCAUAUCAAACGGCUUGCAUUUCAAAAGUUUUUCUUGGGUUUUGGGGACUGAAACGCAGCGCAUCGUAGUUAAUUCUGUUAAGCUUUAAAUUGCAAAACUGUUUUUGUCUUUUAGAAAUACUGUAUAUAUAUUUUUGUAGCAAGCACAACAAAACAAAGCGAGCAGACUUAAAUUCUAGCGAAAAUUUG